AUUUUGUCUUUGGCAGCUAGAAGUACCCGAGAGCCUCUUGGAAACAAAUUACAUCCAACCGUCAAUGGCUUCAAUCCUUGUUGGGUCUUUCCCUGCAGUAGCUUCUUCUGGUUCUUACGUAACAAAAGCUUCAAGGUACAAAACUGAGAAAAUCCAGAACAAAUAUCAUAUCGUGAGGCGUCAAAAGCAUUACAGAGGCAUUGAGGUUGGAUCAUGUCACCAAUGGGCUAAAAGUUUUGCCGUAGAUGCAGCCCCUGGAGACUUAUUUGAAUCUGAUAAACCUCAACAUUUUCCAAAACCCUUUUGGGGCUCCGUCAAAUAUUACUUGUAUACAUUUAGCAGGUUUACCAAACCAUACGUAUCGAUUGGCACAGCAAUAAGCAUAACUUCCAUGGCUCUUCUUACAGUAGAGAAGUUAUCAGAUAUUUCUCUAACAUAUUUCAUUGGCUUGUUCCAGGCCAUAGUAGCUGCUACUUUGAUGUGCAGUUAUGUUAUAGGCUUGAAUAAUUUAACUGAUGUUGAAAUAGACAAGAUAAACAAGCCGAAUCGUCCAUUGGCAUCAGGGGAGUAUUCUUUUGAGACUGGUGUUAUUCUCACUGCAGCAUGUUUGAUUCUGAGUUUUGGGAUUGGAUGGAUUGUAGGUUCACCUCCAUUGCUGUGGGCUCUUUCCAUCCAUUUUUUGCUUGGGACUGCUUAUUCAAUCGAUCUACCCCUGUUGAGAUGGAAGAGAAUUGCAGCUCUUGCAGCCAUGUGCAUUGUAGUUGUUCAAGGAAUAAUCUUUCAAGUUGCCUAUUUUCUUCAUAUGCAGACCUAUGUGCUCAAGAGGCCAACUAUGCUUCCAAGAUCAGUGAUUUUUGCUACAGCAUUCAUGAGCUUCUUCUGUUUAGUUUUAGCACUGUUCAAGGAUAUACCUGACACUGAAGGGGAUGAAAAAUUUGGCAUUCAAUCUCUGUCAGUGCAUUUGGGUCAGAAGCGGGUAUUUUGGAUUUGUGUUUCACUUCUAGAAAUGAUUUAUGGAGUUGCCAUUCUUGUUGGAGCAACAUCUUCCCGCCUCUGGAGCAAAAUGAUCAUGGUUUUGGCACAUGCUCUUCUUGCUUCAAUCCUCUGGUAUCAUGCCAAGUCUGUUGAUCUUAAAAGCAACUCUGCCAUAGAAUCGUUCUAUAUGUUUAUCUGGAAGCUAUUUUAUGCAGAGUACAUCAUCAUACUUUUACUUAGAUAAGAAUGUCGUCUUUCAGUGGUCGGGACAUAUCGUUGACUUCAAUUAAUUUUUC